CAAUGCAACGUUGCCGUCUUAACAUAACAAAUCCUGCUGGAUUCCUGCGGGUGUUUAUCUGUUUAGGUGUUUACGCUGUUUACACUGGCUUACUUUUAGCGAUCGCGAAAUUGUUGACAGUGCGAGUCCGCUGAUUGCCGUCGAAAUUGCAGCCGAAGAGAGUUCCCAAGCGUAGCGCUAGUUUAGUUUGUAGUUUAGAUUUUUGAUAUCAAUUGUUUCAACGAAUUGCAGAAGAAGCACGAGCGCGCCGGCCACCCAUCUAGGGGGUCGAAGAUGUCGGCGAUGAAGACGUUCAUCGCCGAUCGCAAUGGAUGUCAUGGAAGCACUCGCUUUUGAUUUGGUGGCGCGCGGAGAGUGGACACGCGCCGCCGACACCCUCAACCAGCUGCUGGCCGCCGCCGGCACCCGCAAGGAUGAUGUCGUUCGUUACCUGGUGGCGCGCUCCGAGUGCUUCUUCCAACUGAAGCACUACGGGGCGGUGAUUGCAGACUGCCAGCGGGCUAUCAAUGCUGGCGCAGCUGCAAAACGGCAUGAAAAUGCGUUGGUUACAAUCAGACACAGGCGAAUUUGUGCAUUGUUUGCACUAAGGAAGUAUCAAGAGGCGGAAUUAGCAGUACAAGAAUGGGUGGCAUCAAAGAAUGGUCCCAAUCAGCACGAGGUAGCUAAAAUCCUAAAACGCUUGCACGCCUCGCAGGCCGCCAAUGGGCUGGGGCUGGAGGCGGAGCUAAACACAGUGGAGGCUCAACUGACAGCUGUCAGGGCGAGCAAGAUGGACGCCGGAAGUGUGGUUAUGUGCUCUUACUGUAGCAUAGCAUUCAAAAGUAAGAUGGAAUUACGCGGACACUGCCAGACAGAAGAGCACCAACGCGUCAUCAUGUCCGAUGAGGGACGUGAUUGGCGCUGGCGACCGCCACCUCGCGGAUGCGAUGCGGAAUCAUACAAACUCUGCGACGCCUUUCUCGAAGUGGGCGUGUGUCGCUACAGCUCGCAAUGCAUUGAUGCACAUGGCCUGGAAGAAUUACAAGAAUGGCGUGAACGUUUCGAAUACCGCCGGAUGAAAUUACAACGCGCUUAUGAUUCAGAAUUGUACGGAAAGUCAUACACUGAAGAACUGGUUGAUAAAUUAGUCGUUUCGCUCGCACCCGAAUUAAUCAUGAGAGAAAACGUGGAUGAUGUUGAAGUUUCCUGUAAUAAUAAACUAUCCACAACACUUUCGGAGAAAAACCGUCGACAAACAUGGAUUACCAUGAAAGCAGGUGAAGGUGUAGGGUUGAAGGCGGUAGCGUUGUUACAAGACACCCAUCGGGCGUAUUUUCAUAUAAAAUCAAUAAAAAUCGGCUCGAAGAACCUGGAAGUCGCCAAUCAACAGGAGUGGCUAUGCAAAGGAGGCGUGGUUCAUUCAAACUCCGCCCAGAUAGAGAUUUCUUUCAGUGCGGAUAUCUAUGGCACUCUACGACAGUCCAUCGUGUUUGAUUUCGGCAUCGAACCAAUGCUAGUUAAACAUUUAUGCGUUGAUGUCGUCCCAGUGACUGACAUUGACAAGAUUAACGAAAUCCGCAAGGAAAUUCUCCUCUCAUCCAGCGAACGUUGGAACUCGAAUAAUUCCGAAAUAGUCCAAUUCACAUCACCACUCACGUCAUUGGUACCCUCCUAUGCAGACACCGAGUCUGAUUGGGCGAAACACCUCGCCGCUGUUUACCCCGCCCCACACCCGGAAACUUUUAUGUUGUCGCAGUCGACAAUCAAAGAAAAACGCCUCACGCGUAACACCUACGCUGCGCGAAUGCACGAAUUGCUUUACAUUGAAGAAAUGGCGCGUUACGAAUGCAUCGCCCGAUUCAAUGUCACUUUGAAGUUGAAAAUCAUCCAUAGCUAUCUCCUCUCACCGAAUAGCACUGCCAGUAGUACCGCGAAGUACUCCAGUUCAGGCGAACUCUUCGCUCUGAUGCAUCUUGGUAAAGAAUUAUCCGAGGAUACAUCAGCAGGACGUUUGAUUUUAAACAAUUGCAUGACUGUUUUAUUAUCACCUGAAGAUCACGCGCAUGGUAAAGUCUACGAAGCGUUGAUUGAAGACAAAGGUAAAACAAUGAUCUACCUCCGAUUGUCUGCGGUCACUGUUAGUGAAUUAGCCUUGAAAGCGGAUACGGAAUUCCGCGCGCAGAUGCAAUUCCAACUCAAUCGCAUACCGUAUUGCGAAUGGCACUAUGCGAUUGAUAAAAUCCCGGAUUACAAGGUGAUCUUCCCUGAAGUGUUCCUCGAACCGAAUAUUCCAUGGACCCCGUCGAGGCAGUGGUCGGAUUCGUUGGAUUCACGCAUGAAUUUGAAGCAAAAAGAAGCUGUGGUUGCGAUUACAACACCGCUUUAUGUAAAUUUACCUCCUGUGUUGAUUAUUGGACCAUUUGGUACAGGGAAGACGUUUACCUUGGCUCAGGCUAUCAAACAAUUAGUGAAACAACCCGAAAGUCGCGUGUUAAUUUGUACACAGAGCAACAGCGCUGCGGAUCUUUACAUUAAAGAUUAUCUGCAUCCGUAUGUUGAAAGUGGGCAUGAAAGUGCGCGGCCUUUGAGGAUAUAUUACCAUAAACGAUGGGUGGCGACUGUACAUCAAACUGUACAAAAGUAUUGUUUAAUAAAUUCCGCUGGAGGUAUGAAGCGUUUUCUCAUCCCAACGGCAGAGGAUAUAAUGAAACACCGAAUUGUUGUGGUGACGUUGUCCAUUUCGAUGUACCUCUCAACAAUAGGCUUACCACGUGGGUUUUUCACGCAUAUUUUCCUCGAUGAAGCCGCCCAGGCCAUGGAAUGCGAAGCUAUCAUGCCGUUAGCCUUGGCCAAUGACAACACACGCAUUGUCUUAGCCGGAGAUCACAUGCAAUUAUCCCCGGAAUUAUUCUCUUCGUUUGCUAAAGAACGCAAUCUGCAUGUGAGUCUGUUGGAAAGACUCUAUGACCAUUAUCCGAAUGGUUUUCCGUGUAAAAUCCUCCUCUCGGAGAAUUAUCGUGCUCAUGAAGCGAUUAUUCAAUUCACUUCGGAGUCUUUCUACGACCAGAAGCUGAUCUCUAGCGGGAAACAACCCCGACAUGAAAUAUUCUACCCGUUGACUUUUUUCACUAGUCGCGGGGAGGAUAUACAAGAUUUAAACUCCACAGCGUUUUAUAAUAAUUCCGAAGUUUAUGAGAUUGUGGAACGCGUGCAGGAGUUGAAGAAGUUAUGGCCUUCUGCAUGGGGGAAGUUUGAUGAUCAAAGUAUUGGAAUUAUGACACCUUAUUCAGAUCAAGUCUUACGGAUCAGAUCUGAGUUACGAAAGAGGAGAUUGUAUGGUAUUUCUGUGGAAAGAGUGUUGAAUGUUCAAGGAAAACAAUUCCGCGCGAUUUUUUUGUCUACUGUAAGAACAAGACGGACGUGUCAGGCUGCAAAAGGUGGUGAAGGUGAGGAUGCGGAUUUUGGCUUCCUGUCGAAUUCCAAGCUGUUGAAUACCGCGAUUACCAGAGCGCAGAGUCUGGUUGCUGUUGUCGGUGAUCCCAUUUCUCUGUGCUCAGCGGGAAGAUGCAGCAAAGUCUGGGAGAGAUUCAUACAAAUUUGUGAAGAGAACAAUUCCUUAUUUGGUAUAACUUGGUUGUCACUAAAAAAUCAACUAGAUGGCGUUGAAUUGAAGAAGACUUAUACCCUAAACCCGCUUGCGCCUGAGUUUAUUCCGCGAGCCAUGCAACAACAGGAAUAUAUGCGGCCAUUACAGAAGUUCAUGCAGAGUCCUGUAAUGGUUAUGCCUCCACAAGGUGUACCAAGACCUCAGAAUCAUCAAACACCACAACAACAACAUAUGCUUCCGGUUUAUCCAGGGAUGUUGCCAUUGUUACCACCACAAGCUAUGAUGAACAUGCCUAAUAUUCCUGUGCAGUAUUUCAUGGGCCAAUCACAAUCCCCGAGAAAUCUAAACAUUCAACCUGUGGGAAAUCCCCGCGUAGGAAAUCCCAACAAACCAGAGGAUAUUGGUAUACAAUUUCGUAACAAUGUGCAUUUUCCGGAGUUGCCUCCAAGUGUGAAUGUACCCCCACCACCACAACAAGUCAAACCUAUGCCGACGACAUCUUUAUCAACACUUACGGAUUAUAUUAAUCUACUGCCGACGAAUAUGUCACUGGCGGAGAUGUUGCUUCAACCAAUCGGGAAUCAACAACGGUGGUAUUAUACUUUGUUGACUAAUAAGGGACCCGAUGCCGCGAAACAAUUCGAGAUGUUAAUCAUGACCGCGAAUAGGAAGGAAACCGCCGAGCCUAGUAUACAACAUAUGCAACCACAAAUACAACACAUGCCUUUUCCACCGAUAGUUCAACAACAACAGCAAUUUAUGAAUCCGGGGCAUCCACAGUUACCAAUAAGAAGUAAUUCUACUCCUAUGGGUGCUACUAAUGGUGCUGUAGGUUUACCGAAUUACCAAAACAUACAACAAAUGCAAACUGUUCAGAAUUUGCAAGGAAUUCAGAACUUACCUCAAACAAAUCCGGGUUUGACAGCGAUGCAGUACUGGAAACCGCCACCACAUCAAGUUUCUCAAAUAUCGCAGAUUUCACAACCGUUGUACCUCCGUCAAAGUGGUGAUUCCGAAGGUAAACACCAUAAAUUAGACUCUGCAGGUGGUUCAGGUUGUUCCGGCAUGAGUAGUGCAAGUGGUUCUGUUGCUGGUGGGAAUGUAGGCUCACCGGAAAUGGGUGUACCGCGCCAAUGGCAGCAACAGAUCAACGCCGAGUUUGCGCAGUUGAGUCUCCACAAUGGCGAGACGGCUGAUGAUGUCUUCAAUCGCUACAAAGACUCCACGGGUUCCACGACUUACGCCAGUGUUGUGCGCAAUGUCGCCAACAUCUCGAAUAUCGGUAACGAUAAACUUUCACUCAGCGGGCCUAGAUUGUAUCAGUACUUUUGAGCGUGUGCUGCUUCACAAUCUUACAAUCGUAUAAUCAUUAUUUCUUAUUAAUAACCCACACAGUAUAAAACUAAAUUAAAACUAAAACACGUUAAACAUAACACAUUUCUGUGAAAUAUUGAAGAAAAAAACAAACAAAAAGACUACAUUCUAGUUAGGACGAGUUAUUAAACAAUUCGAAGUGUAUAUAUAGACAUUAUGUUUAUUCGUUUUCAAUAAUUAUAUCAACACUUAUAGAAAAGUAACGAAAAAAAUGAGUAAAUGCACGAGUUGCAACCAAAAAAAAUAUGAAAAGAGAAAAUCACAAAAAGAUUACCGAAUUUACUAAGUAGAUGAUAAAAUAGAAUCUAAGCUUAAGCUUAAAAUAAAAAUAUAAGUGUAUAAAAAAUAGCGGAGUAUAAAAACGCAUGUAUAAUAUAAAUAUUCAAACGCAGAGAUUAAAGAAGAAAAAAAAUCAUAAAAAAACAAAGAAAAAGAAACCUGUUAAUUAAUAAUUAUUGAAAAUAUAAAGAAUAUUGCGCAAAUAA